AUGUCCGCCACGUCACGUCGUCAAUUUACGUUGGACGAAAAUAUAGGUAUAAUCGGUCGUUUAGAAAAUGGUGAGAAAAACAGCGUAUUCGCAAAAGAAUUUGGCACCUCUCCGUCGACGAUUUCAACAAUACGGAAGAAUCGGAAUACGUUGAAAAAUAUGUUUCAAACCACUUCAAUUAAAUCAAAACGACUGUGCACUGCACAGCAUAAGAACCUCGAAGAAGCUGUACUAGUAUAGUUCAAACAACAACAGUGCACAAAUGUGCAUAGUGGUCCUAUUUUACAAGCAAAAACUGACCAACUGGCUGAAAAAAUGAAAGUAGAAAAUUUCAAAUGCUCUGCAUCUUGGAUUCAACGUUUCCGACAGCGGCACAACAUUGUUUUUGGCAAGAUCUCGGGUGAGUCAUAUGCAGUUAAUACUGAAAUGUGUUCUAAUUGGUUGGCUAAGGUUUGGCCAUCCCUUCGAGCAGGUUACUGUGAUGAUGAAAUUUAUAAUGCCGAUGAAGCAGGCCUUUUUUUCAAAUUAACUCCCGAUAAAACUCUUCGCUUCAAGGGGGAAAAAUGCUUGAGGUUAAAAUUAUCCAAAGAUAGAAUAACAGUUUUAAUGGCAGCCAACAUGACCGGAACUGAUAAAAGAAAACUCCUUGUUAUUGGAAAGUCGAAGAGCCCUCAGUGUUUUAAACGAGUUUCAUCACUUCCAAUAUUUUAUGAAAAUAACACCAAAGCUUGGAUGACCUCAGGAAUUUUUGAAAAAACUCUUAAUUAUUGGGAUGAUGAGUUACGCCGUUAG